CGGGAGCGGCAGUGGCGGCGGCGGCGGGUCCGGCGGUGGCGGCAGGUGGCCCCGCGCGCGGCGGCCGGCCCGGCCGGGGGCGGGCUGGAAGGUGGCGCCUCGGGCGGGGGCCGGUCCCUGCACCAGGUGACCUGUUCCGGCCGGGAUCCGGGCGGCCUCGCCAUGCAGCGGCGCGGCGCGGGGCUCUGGUGGCCGCGGCAGCAGCAGCAGCAACCCCCGCCGCCCGCGGUCGGCCCCCGGGCCGCAGCCAUGGCUCCCCCGAGCGGCGGUGUCCCCCCGGGCCUCGGCGGCCGCCCUGCCUGCGCGCUGCUCUUGCUCUGCUACCUGAAUUUCGUGCCCUCGCUGGGCAGGCAGACUUCCCUGACGACGUCCGUGAUCCCCCAAGCAGAGCAGAGCGCGACGUACAAAGACUUCAUCUACUUCACAGUCUUGGAAGGGAACGUGCGCAACGUGUCCGAAGUCUCUGUCGAGUACUUGUGCUCUCGGCCUUGUGUCGUCAGCCUGGAAGCCGUGGUCUCCUCCGAGUUCCGGAGUAGCAUCCCCGUGUACAAAAAGAGGUGGAAGAACGAGAAGCAUCUGCACACCAGCAGGAGGCAGAUCGUGCCUGUGAGAUUCCCCAGCAUCAUGGUUUACAGAGACGACUACUUCAUCAGACACUCCAUCGCCGUGUCCACCGUGGUCCUACGAGCCUGGAUUUCUCACCAGCACGGCGGCGGGGACUUGAACGUCACGUGGGAGGAGAACUUGCUGCAUGCCGUGGCAAAGAAUUACACCCUGCUGCAGACGGUCCCGCCCUUCGAACGCCCCUUCAAAGACCACCAGGUGUGCCUCGAGUGGAACGUGGACUAUAUUUGGAACCUCUGGGCAAACAGGAUCCCGCAGUGUCCUCUGGAAGACGAUGUGGUUGCCCUCCUUGGCUCUCUCUAUGCCUCCAGUGGAGAAAACACCGGCAUCGUGAGGAAGCUCCUGAGGUUCCGGAACCGAGAACUGGAGGCCACCCGAUGCCAGCGGAUGGAUUACCCGGUGUUUACUGUUUCAAUGUGGCUUUAUUUACUCCAUUAUUGCAAGACCAAUCUCUGUGGGAUUCUGUAUUUUGUUGAUUCUAAUGAGAUGUACGGCACACCUUCUGUGUUUCUUACUGAAGACGGUCAUUUGCAUAUUCAAAUGCAUCUUGUCAAAGGAGAAGACCUUGCUAUAAAAACUAAAUUCGCCUUACCUCUGAGGGAGUGGUUUCGACUGGACGUCUCUUUUAAUGGAGGCCAGAUAGUAGUAACCACCAGCGUUGGACCUGAGUUGGCAGGUUACCAUAAUCAGACAAUUAGCUUCCGAGAGGAUUUCCAUCACAAUGACACAGCUGGGUACUUCAUUAUUGGAGGGAGCAGGUACGUGGCUGGCAUUGAAGGGUUUUUUGGACCCCUGAAGUACUAUCGCCUGCGCAGUCUGCAGCCAGCACAGAUCUUCAAUCCCCUCCUCGAGAAGCAACUUGCUGAACAAAUCAAGUUAUAUUAUGAACGGUGUGCCGAGGUUCAAGAAAUAGUAUCUGUGUAUGCAUCUGCCGCACAGUCUGGGGGUGAUGGACAAGAGGCAUGUGACCUCCGCAACGCCUACCUGGACCUCAAGCGCAGGUACGGAAGACCCUUGACGUGCAGAGCCUUCCCCUGGGAGAAGGAGCUGAAAGACAAGCACCCCAGCUUGUUCCAAGCCUUGCUGGAGAUGGAUUUGUCGGCCGGGCCAAGGAGCCAAAGCGAAUCUGUAUUAGAAAUCGGUGGGAAGAUAUUCGAGAAGGCUGUAAAGAGACUCUCCGGCUCUGAUGGUCUUCACCAAAUUAGCUCGGUCACCCCCUUUCUGAUGGAUUCCAGCUGCCUCGGAUACCAUAAAGCAUCCUACUACCUCGCAGUCUUCUAUGAAACUGGAUUAAGUGUACCCCGGGACCAGCUGCAGGGCAUGCUGUAUAGCUUGGUAGGAGGCCAGGGCAGCGAGAGACUGUCUGCAAUGAAUCUUGGGUACAAGCACUACCAAGGUAUUGACAACUACCCGCUGGACUGGGAACUGUCGUAUGCCUACUACAGCAACAUCGCCACGAAGACACCCCUUGACCAGCACACACUGCAAGGAGACCAGGCAUAUGUUGAGACCAUUAGACUAAAAGAUGAUGAAAUACUCAAGGUGCAAACCAAAGAAGAUGGGGACGUCUUCAUGUGGUUGAAGCACGAAGCCUCACGAGGCAACGCAGCAGCCCAGCAACGAUUGGCCCAGAUGCUGUUCUGGGGUCAGCAAGGUGUGACCAAGAAUCCCAAAGCCGCCAUCGAGUGGUAUGCCAAGGGAGCUCUGGAGACCGAGGAUCCCGCGUUAAUAUACGACUACGCCAUAGUGUUAUUCAAGGGUCAAGGAGUGAAAAAGAACAGACGGCUUGCCUUGGAGCUGAUGAAGAAAGCCGCUUUCAAGGGAUUGCAUCAGGCAGUCAAUGGUCUAGGAUGGUAUUACCACAAAUUCAAGAAAAAUUACACCAAAGCUGCAAAGUACUGGUUAAAAGCAGAAGAAAUGGGGAACCCAGACGCGUCGUAUAACCUCGGAGUCCUGUAUUUGGAUGGUAUUUUCCCCGGAGUCCCUGGGAGGAAUCUGACUUUGGCUGGUGAAUAUUUCCAUAAGGCUGCACAAGGAGGACACAUCGAAGGGACCUUGUGGUGUUCUCUCUACUAUAUCACAGGCAACCUGGAGACCUUCCCUAGGGAUCCUGAGAAAGCGGUUGUAUGGGCGAAGCACGUAGCUGAGAAAAAUGGCUACUUGGGCCAUGUCAUUCGCAAAGGCCUCAACGCCUACCUGGAGGGCUCCUGGCAUGAAGCUUUGCUGUAUUAUGUUUUAGCAGCAGAAACUGGAAUUGAAGUGUCACAGACAAAUUUAGCACACAUCUGCGAGGAAAAGCCGGACCUGGCCAGGAGAUACUUGGGUGUUAAUUGUGUUUGGAGAUACUAUAAUUUCUCUGUUUUUCAAAUCGAUGCUCCUUCAUUUGCAUAUUUGAAAAUGGGAGACCUGUACUACUAUGGCCACCAAAACCAGUCACGAGACCUCGAGUUGUCUGUGCAGAUGUACGUCCAGGCUGCGCUGGAGGGAGACUCCCAGGGAUUUUUUAACCUGGCCCUGCUAAUUGAAGAAGGUGCUAUCAUCCCACACCAUAUUUUGGAUUUCCUGGAAAUUGACCCAUCGAUCCAUUCUAGUAACAUCUCCAUUCUCCGGGAACUGUACGAACGGUGCUGGAGCCACAGCAACGAGGACUCCUUCAGCCCCUGCUCCCUGGCCUGGCUGUACCUCCACCUGCGGCUUAUCUGGGGCGCUGUCCUGCACUCUGCCCUGAUCUACUUUCUGGGAACCUUCCUGCUGUCCGUGCUGAUUGCGGGGACGGUGCAGCGUUUCCAGUAUGUCUCAGCACUUGCUUCCUUCCCUCUGGACCAACCUAAAGAAGGUCAAGUCUGGAUAAGAUCUUGAAAAUAAUUUCACUCUUUGCCCUUCAUUUUACAGACAAGGGAACUGAGGCCAGAGAGGUAAAGUAGCUUCCCAAAGACCGAAUAAAGGCGAGAGGAAUGUAGGGCUGCAGAUCGGCCAACGAUUUUUCAGAAUCAGGCUCAUUUAAAACAGAGGUUGUCAACGGUCUCGAGCCCCUUACUCCUCACAUGAGGAGUAUUCUAGAACACCUUCUACCUUGAAGUGAAAUUCAUGAUAAUUAACCUACAGACACUCACACUUUUUAAAAACCCAUAGAACGUAUAACGGGAAUAUAAAGAAAUCAAAAGGAACAAAUGAUAAUAACAUAACCUUUCCCAUAAGUAAACUCUAGCCCAGUGCGUCUUGAUGUCAUGUGCCCGGGAAUCGCACAUGGGUUGUAUUAAAGGCGGUUCUGAUUAGGGGCCUGGGGACAGCUCUGACAUCGGGCGUUUCUAACCAGCUCUGGGGCGAUGCCCACGUGGCUGUUCCACAGACUGGACUUUGACCAGUAAGGGCAGAAUUCAAAGAAAAAAGUCUCACAUUUACAGAAUGUGCCCCCCCGGGGCACCUGCGGCCCUGACGGCAGUUGUGUCAAGAGUUCGGGCACGUCCUACACGACUGCCGUGACUUUCCAAGUUCCCGUGCGAAGUGCAGACGUGUCAGUCAUUGUGAAAUAGGAAGGUUCUUCAUCAGCACAGCAGAGCAGCUGAUCUUGGGGGAGAUGGCAGGUGACAGAGACCCAGAGCAGGAAGGUUGGGCUGACAGGGGCCAAAGCUGCCUCUCCAGGGAGCUGAUGGCACCCAAGGCCCCCGACCUGCCCCACGGGAAGGGAAGGGCAGCAUGGGGGCUGACCACAGCUGCAGGGGCAAGCACAGCGCUGAACCUGGGCACCAGCCACAGGAGGAGGGCUGGGGACUGCUGAGGACUGCAGCCAGAGGGGCCGUCCUUGUCACAACUGGCAUUUUUUCCAGUCAGUUGUUUUUAAAAAUCAAGGAUCUAUCAGCAAGGCUUGUCCCCGUGGCCGACUGUCCCUUCUACCUGCGUUCCGCUCAGACUCCCUUCAUUUUCCUCCUGAGCGUGCCAGCUCUGGGAUAUGGGACCCAUCACAGCCUUUGUCCCAUGGAACUGUCCCACAUUCAGAAGGCUGCAGUGCAGGACAGCAGUUAGCACUGGUGCUGUGAGGGUCAGGCUGAAGUUCUGAGCCAGAGAGGGGUCCUCUAGGAGCCUCAGUGUCCUCUUCUGUCAAACAGCCGACAUGGUAGUAGUACACCUGUGACCUGUCGUAGGUGAGAGAACCAAGUGUGAAAAUGUGGUACACAGCUGGUGGCCCCCAGAGGUUAAUGCCUUCCAGGGUAUUUUACCUAUGAUGGAAGCUGAACCAGGUAGUGCCUGCACUUCAGUAGCUUGGUUUGCCUCAGUAGCAGACCAUUACCAGAGUCGCAUGCUUUUCUGGGCUAGGUGACUCCUUCUAAAACAUAGUGUUCUUUUUUCAAAGCAUUGAAACCAAGGCUUUGGCUAAUCCACCAAAAGCAGCGAGACAGCACUCCACAAACACUGCACAUCUCCUCUUGCUUGCACGGGAGCAUGCCGGUGGCUAACUGCCAUGCCCCAGGAACGCUCUCCUUCCUGAGGCUAAGUCCUCAUGGAGUACUGUGAAGGUCCUUGGGAUUUGGACAGCCCUAGGAGCUCUUGAUUGUCACUGGCCUAAGAACAGAACACACAUGGCCCCAGGCCUACUCUGUCCCUCCAGGUCCCUGAAUAUGCUGCGUCUGGGUCACCGGGCAGCUCCGGUCCUGGCUGAAGUUUGGCGCCAUCAGCCUUUGCUCUGAGUCUCCUGUUGUUGCUGUGGUGCAGCCACAGACGGGCCCAGCCCCUUUCCAGACUCCAGAAAGCUCUUUGCCCUGCCCACUGCCUCUCAAAAGCACUCUCCCUCUCCCUCCCUGUCAAGGACGCCAAGCAUAAUUGCCCUAAUGGAGCAGACUUUAAAAAACAAAAAAAUCCCCAAGUAAAGUGUGUCUGGAGCCUGGUUCACCUCUGCCCACCCGAACCUCCCCUCAAGCAAAAGACCUGGAGCCCAGCCUGCUGGCUGCUGGAAGGAAGGCGAAGGGAAGGACAGAGGGAGAAAAUAGAAACCACCUUUCAAAGCAGACUCCUGCCUCCAUAAGGGUAUUGAGCGUCCCAUCCAAAAAUCCAGAAUCUGAAAGGCUCCGGAAUCUGAAACUUCUUGAGUGCUAACACAACACCACACGUGCAAAAUUCCACAUCUGCCUCGUGAUGGGUCGCAGUCAAAACGCAGGCACCCUGAAAGUUCUGCGUACGAUGACCUUUAGGCUACGUGUCCAUGAACGUAAAUAAACUUCAUGCUUAGAUUGAGUGCCGUCCUAAGAUAUCUCAUUAUGUAUAUGCAAGUAUUCCAAAAUCCAAAAACGCCUUCAAUCUGAAACACUUCCAUUUUUGAGCAUUUCUGAUAAGGGAUACUUAAUCUGUAAUAUCAGCACAAACUUUAUGUCUAAAUAAAAUACACAGUGAAGAGCAGGAUCUGCAGAUCCAGCAACUCCAGGUACCACCAGGAGCCCAAGGCCAGACCAGCCCAGUCAGUGUCUUCCUCAAGAAAGCCAGUUCCUCCUUUCAGGCCAAGUCGGUAGCCUGCUGUUCUCCUAGAAAGAGUUCAGAUGAGCCAGGUGCACACGCCUGUAAUCCCAGUGGCUUGGGAGGCUGAGGCAGGAGAUUGGCCAGUUCAAAGUCAGCCUCAGCAACUUAGCGAGAAACUGUCUCUAAAUAAAAAAUAAAAAGGGCUGGGGAUGUGGCUCAGUGGUUAAGCACUCCUGGGUUCAAUCCCCAUACCAAAAAAAAAAAAAAAAAAAAGUAAGAUGAUAUAAACCUUUCCCUAGUCUCUUCCUGUCUUCUAAAUUU